UGAAGUGAACCCAGAAGCUGAUGGCUCUGUUCUUUCCAAGGAUGGCAAUGGAGUGUGCUCCCUGGACCUGGUUGAAGGAGGGAAGGGAGUCCAGGAAAUUGGUGCUGCUAGUCGUAUUUGUUGCCCUGCUAGUCGACAAUAUGCUGUUGACAGUCGUGGUGCCAAUCGUUCCUUCCUUCCUGUUUGCCACCCACAAAAACAUUAGCCACUCUGCUCUUCAGACUCCAGUUCCAGUGGCUCCGGUGCUCUCCCCAGCAGCUCCUUAUACCUCAGUGUUCUCUUUCUAUGACAACACAACAGUGACCAUCUCAGAGUACACUACUGAUGGUGUCCCAGUAGAUGCAAAUGAGACCCGAGACGAAAACCUCGUUGUACUUCAUCCCCCUACAACCACUUUGCCAUUGAGUAUGACUUGCAUGGAUGGGGCAGGCUUUCUGACGAACGAGAACGUCCGCGUUGGACUGCUCUUUGCCUCCAAAGCUUUGAUGCAGCUCAUAGCCAACCCCUUUGUGGGACCUUUAACCAACAGAAUAGGAUACCAUAUCCCUAUGUUUGUUGGAUUUAUCAUCAUGUUCAUCUCUACAAUCUUGUUUGCUUUUUCGAGGACCUACACCUUGCUGUUCAUCGCUCGAGCAAUGCAAGGCAUUGGCUCUGCCUGUUCAUCGGUUGCAGGUCUGGGGAUGCUGGCAAGCGUGUACACGGAUGACCACGAGCGGGGAAAUGCGAUGGGAAUAGCCUUAGGGGGGCUGGCUUUGGGGGUGCUUGUCGGUGCUCCUUUUGGAAGUGUGAUGUACGAGUUCGUUGGCAAGUCAUCUCCUUUUCUGAUCUUAGCAUUCUUAGCUCUGUUGGACGGAGCUUUACAGCUUUGCAUCCUGCAUCCCUCAAAGAUUUCGCCUGAGAGUGCCAAAGGGACCCCUCUGUUGACCUUGCUGUCAGACCCCUACAUUUUGAUCGCAGCAGGUUCAAUCUGCUUUGCUAACAUGGGAGUUGCUAUUCUAGAAGCCACUUUGCCCAUUUGGAUGAUGCAAACCAUGUGCUCUCCAGAAUGGCAACUGGGUGUAGCUUUCCUGCCUGCCAGUGUGUCUUACCUGAUCGGUACUAACCUAUUUGGGAUACUAGCCAACAAAAUGGGGCGGUGGCUCUGUUCGCUGAUUGGGAUGUUGGUUGUGGGAAUCAGCCUUCUCUGUAUCCCCCUGGCUCAAAAUAUAUACGGCCUCAUCGGACCGAAUGGUGGGGUUGGUUUUGCCCUUGGUAUGGUUGAUUCUUCAAUGAUGCCUAUCAUGGGAUACCUGGUGGAUCUUCGCCACACCUCUGUUUAUGGCAGCGUCUACGCCAUUGCUGAUGUGGCCUUCUGCAUGGGCUUUGCUAUUGGUCCUUCUACAGGGGGCGCUCUGGUACGAGCCAUUGGCUUCCCCUGGCUGAUGGUUAUCAUAGGUGGGAUCAACUUUGCAUAUGCGCCUCUCUGCUGGUUUCUACGGAGCCCUCCAGCCAAAGAGGAGAAGAUUGCAAUUCUGACCCAGGAGUGCCCCAUGCAGACAAAAAGCUACACCACCCAGAAGGCUCUCCAGGAGUUUCCACUCACCGAGAGCAGUGAUGAAGAAGCUGAGACUGAGGAAUAGGAGGAGCAGAGAGUGACGUAAAGAAGAAGACUCUAUC